UCAAACUCAAGCCACGCGAAGCUGCCAGCUAGAUUUCCGUUCGACCAUCGUUCUUUCGUUCUCAGGCCGUCUUCGUAAGCAGAAGGAAAAUGAGAGCUAAGUGGCGUAAGAAGCGUAUGCGUAGGUUGAAGCGUAAGCGCAGGAAGAUGCGUGCAAGGUCUAAGUAAACGCGCCAUUCCGCUGUCGACCAUUUUCGUGGAACUUCUGACGUACAAAAAUGAAAAAUACCGACUGGGCAAAUUGAAGCCCGAAGUAAUUUGCAACUUUAGUUUUCGACAACCAGAAAAAUAAAUGUGCUUUACAAAAAUUCACUUUGAAAUUUCCAUUUGAGAAAACUUAAUAAAUUGCUGGUUUAAAAACGUUCCACAAAAAAGUAAUAAAUUUGUGUUAAUGUUAGUCGAAAACUCGAGGAAUUUUUGGAAUUAUUUCGAGCGUGCUUUUUCAACAUAACCAAAUUUCUAUGUAUACACAAGUGUGGGCCAACCAUCGCCUGCGUGUUUGUAGCUGAAUAGUAAGAACGUCAUUUAAGGAAUCUUUUGCGGCUGGCCCACAAUGCGUGUUUUUUGUAACUAGAUUGUAUACAAAAAUUGCCAUACGUUCCGUUUUUUAGCUGGAUUUUACGAGAAGCUGAUUCUGGUCUUUUAUUUUUAAGUUGCGAAUAAGACAACGGCGUUAAACAGAAUCGGAUAAUGGAGAAUAAGAAAUCCAGUGCCAACUCUGCACAGGUACAAAUGCUGCAGGCCAUUGGAGGUGGUGUGUCAGGUGCAUUAACCCGAUUCGUUGCGCACCCGUUCGACGUGCUGAAGAUUCGCUUCCAAUUACAGGUGGAGCCUUUAAAGAAGCGUUCGGACAAAUCCAAAUAUGCGGGCAUGUACCAAGCCUUUUCAACCAUAUUUCGGGAGGAGGGCGUCCGUGGCAUUUGGAAGGGUCAUUUGCCAGCACAAGUGAUGAGUGUCACCUAUGCUCUGGUUCAGUUUUGGUCAUACGAACAGCUCCAUACGGCUGCGUCGCAGUAUAAAUUUGGUCGCGAUCAUGUCCAUUUAUCAUAUUUUAUGUGUGGCGGUUUGGCCGGUUGUCUGGGCACAGUGGUUGCGCAGCCUUUCGAUGUGGUACGGACCCGUGUGGUUGCGGCCGAUCCUGGCACGACUGCCGGCACCUUAAAGCCACUUUCUGGCGUACAUAAGGUGUUUAAGCGUGAAGGUCUUCGAGGUGUUUCCAGUGGAAUGCUGAUGACUUUAGUGCAAAUUUAUCCGCUAGUCGGUGCCAAUUUUGUCAUUUAUAAAUUCUUAAAUCAUUUAACAUUCACGAUACUCCACUUUCUAUUUGAAGAAAAGCUGCACAGAAAAAUUUCCCGUGAAAUACCUGGAGGAAUGCUAUUUGUAAAUGGCGCCGUCUCCGGCGUUCUAGCAAAAGUACUUGUCUAUCCAGCUGAUCUAAUCAAGAAACGCACCAUGCUCAGCCACUUUCAGGAAGACCGCAAAAGCUUCGGCCUGAACCCCAUUUGUAAUACGAUAAUGCUAUGCAUACGUACCACCUUCGCCAAUGAGGGCUUACUUGGCUUCUACAAGGGAAUGUGGCCCACACUCUUCAAGUCCGGUGUUAUGUCCGCCUGCUAUUUCACCAUAUACGAUUACUUCAACAACCAUUUUACCGUUCCCUACAAGAAACUCGAGCGGGAUCAGAAGAACGACAAAAAUAAAAAAAAUUGAAUGGAUACCGAGAGCCCAAGUGCAUAAGUAGAACGACAAUUUCAAAUCAAACACAUCAAAACAAUGGAACAUGGGAGAAGCUGACUAAAUUUCGAUUGCAAAGAGACAAAUAUGCCAGAAUUCACAAUUUUCCCGUCCAGCAAUAUUUUCUUGACGCUUUCGUUUUUUUAACAUGU